AUGGAUUCAAUUGAAACUACUGAAUCAGAUGAUCAAAGUUCAACAGAUAAUUAUCAAGAAAUGGGACAAGAUAAUCUUCAAACAUCCAACUUGGCUACUCGUGAUGAAAUGUGUGCAGAUCCAUCAGAACCAAACAAUGAACACAGUGAAUCUGGUUUAAGUGCAAAAGUGAAAGGCAACAUCAUUCUGGGCAAUACUCAUGAUUAUGAUUCGGAACCUGAUACAGUAUUUGCUGAACUAUUGGAUAAUUGUUAUUCAAGAGAAACGAAUAUAAGUUGGCACUUAACCAUAGAAGAAAACGUCGAAUGCAUACGUCGGUAUACUAAAUUGAUGGAUAAAUUAGCUUAUCUCCAAUUACAACAUGAUCAAUGGCAACACUAUCAUCGCAUUGGUGUAACCAAACAUAUAUGGACUGGUCAAGUGUCAAAACAGUCAGCAGAUAAGUUUGCAAUUAAUGAACGAUUUGGUCAUUCAAAACAUGUUGUUGAACAAACAUUGAACAAACUUAAGAAACACAUAGCGAAAGCUAAACAGGCAUGUGAACAGUUUGGUGAAGAGCAUUUACCUAAAGAAGGAUUUACCAAGGAUAGUGGCACACAGUACACAGAAUUUCACGAUAAUGUGGAAGAGUUUGUUCUUGAACAUCAACAGUUAUUGACUGAUGAAUUUCAAUUCAAACGAGACAUGCUCUUAUUGGACGCAAAGGAACAUGAAUUAUUUCAAAACUUUCUUAAAACAAAUCCAACUGAAGAAGAAAUGAAUUCAGCUGCUAAAAUCUGGUCGCUCACUAGUCUACAAUUAAGCUAUGCAAAAGACAAUGCUAAACUACAAUGUUGUCUUGUAUCAUCCAAAUUUAUCCCCACAUUCGAUCUACUUGAUUCUACAUUGAAGGAUAUAGAAGAUUAUAUGAACUUUGAUCCACAAGAUGACGCAGUCAAUUGUAUGGAUAGUGAAAUCUUCUCACAGGAAAAAGAUAGAAUGAAACAAUUAAGAAAGCAAACUAUCUUUAAUGGUAUCAAAGAGAAUCACAAAUCCAUCAAUGAACAUGCAAAAGAAAUUGAAACAGAAAGAAAAAAAUACUUACCCAAGCCAUAUAUUCCUUUUUUUCAACAACCACCAGUUGAUUCUGCUUUGAAAGCAAUUGAAGAUCGUUGCAAACACAUGAUCAAACGUGCUGACUUUAUUAUGAGCUAUCACCAGGCUCAUAGCUUUGCCACAACAAGUGAAUUCAACAAAAUAUGA